GUGGAAUUAAUGGCUUACCCUUUUUUUUUCUUUGGUGGGGAGUUAGGGCUCCUCGGUAAGUUUGAUGCAUUAUGGUUCUCACCGGAUGGGGAGUAUCUUGCUUUCUUGAGGUUUGACGAGACAGAAGUAUGCUUUCCAUUCAUACUUUCUACUAAGCUUAUGUGGGUUAGUAUGGUGCUAAUCUAGGCGAAUGUAGGUACCAGCAUAUACCAUGACGUCCUACAUGGCUGGAAAACGGGUUGCCCCAAAUUACCCUAAUGAGAGGCUUGUAAAGUAUGCUAAAGCGGGAGAGAACAUCUCCACUGUUACCUUCCAUCUACUCGAGGUCAACAGCCCAUCUGCCCCGAAGAAGAUUGACUUUCAAACAUAUGCUCCGGAUGAUUUGAUAAUCACCGAGGUUGCCUGGGUUACGGAGAAACAUGAGCGUGUCAUCCUCCGCACGCAGAAUAAAUCACAAGAUACGGAAAAGUUAGUUUUGAUUGAUGUUGAGAGCGGGGAUGCACAGGUUGUGAGGGAGAGGGAUGGUACGGAUGGAUGGUUGGAGAAUUAUUUCGCCAUUACUU